CCGUCGGCUGGGCUCGCAGCACCUGCGGCUCGCGGCGCGUGGGCGGGGCGCGCGCACGUGGCGCGGACUGCGCAGGCGCGGGGCCGGCUGCACGAGGGCGGCUCUGGAGGUCCGCGGCGAGACUUCAGCAAAUGUUAAAUUGCCAUCCAAUAUGAUGCCACGAACUAGUUUGGAACCUUCUACGUGUCAGAUGGCAGAGCCACUGAGUUUUGAGAAAAAGGAAAGCAAGCUCGCACCACACAGCUCUUUAAGAAGUCCUGUAGCACAGCAUAACCAUCCCAAUUUCAGACUGAAAAGCCCAGAGAAUGGAAAUAAAAAGAACAAUUUUUUGCUUUGUGAACAAAACAAACAGUAUUUAGCUGGUCAGGAAGAGAAUUUGGUGGUCUCUUCAAACCCUGGUGGUAUCAAUGGAGAAGUAGGUGGGUCCAAAGGAGACAGAAAGCCAUUACCAACAGGAAACCCAGUGUCGCCAUUAAGUCUUGGAAGUAAUUCACCACCCAACCAAGUAAAAACUAAGCCCAGCAAUAACGUGUCUCCUGAAAAAUCAAAAAAAUCUCACAAGUUGUUUGAGAAUGCCCUGUCCGUAAAUAAUCCAGCACUCUUCAACUCUUUAGGACCACCCCUCCGGUCAACAACCUGCCACCGCUGUGGCCUGUUUGGGUCACUGAGGUGCUCCCAGUGCAAGCAGACAUACUACUGCUCCACAGCGUGCCAGAGGAGAGACUGGUCCUCCCACAGCACCAUCUGCAGACCUGUUCAGCAGAGCUUGCACAAGCUUGAAGAUAAUAAAUCACCAUUUGAAACAAAGAACAUUGAAGUGAAAAAUGAGCAGAGCGAUGGUCCCCUUGGAAUUACUAAAGAAUUGACUGCUGGUUCUGAGAGAGUAAUGUUUUCUGAUUUGAGAAGUCUCCAGCUUAAGAAAACCAUGGAAAUAAAGGGUACAGUUACUGAAUUCAAGCACCCAAGUAACUUUUAUGUCCAGUUGUAUUCUUCGGAGAUUUUAGACUACAUGAACCAACUCUCUGCAAGCUUGAAAGAGACCUAUGCAAACAUGGUGCCUGAAGAUGGUUACCUCCCUGUGAAGGGGGAAGUGUGUGUUGCCAAGUACUCGGUUGACCAGACCUGGAACAGAGCGGUAAUACAAGGCGUUGAUGUGUUACAGAAGAAGGCACACGUCUUGUACAUUGAUUAUGGAAAUGAAGAAAUAAUUCCAAUAGACAGAAUUCACCAGCUAAAGAGAAGCAUUGACUUGUUUCCUCCUUCCGCCAUAAAGUGCUUUGUGGCAGGCGUCAUCCCAGCUGGGGCAGAGUGGAGUGAAGAUUGCGUGACAGCCGUCAAGACGCUGGUGCUGGAGCAGUUCUGCUCCCUCAGGGUUGUGGACAUCGUGGAGGAAGAAGGGCUCACCUGCGCCGUGAGCCUUGCACUGGACAGCUCAGGAAAACAGCUGGAGCAUGUGCUUAUGGAGAUGGGGUAUGGUGUGAAACCCGAUGAGCAGAACGCCAAGAAGCAAGGUGUGGAGCAAAGUGCUGCUGAGGGCAUUGGAAGAGUGACAGCUGAGAACAAGAUGGUUACAGACAGAAGCGUGCUGAUCCCCAAGGUGCUGACCCUGAGUGUGGGUGACGAGUUCUGUGGUGUGGUUGCUCAUGUUCAGACGCCAGAGGACUUCUUCUGCCAGCAGCUGCAGAGUGGCCACAAGCUUGCCGAACUCCAGGAAUCCCUCAGUGAGUACUGUGGCCAAGUGACUCCACGCUCGGAUUUCUAUCCAGCUAUCGGGGAUGUGUGCUGUGCUCAGUUCUCAGAGGAUGAUCAGUGGUACCGCGCCUCAGUUCUGGCCUACGCUUCUGAAGAAUCUGUCCUGGUUGGAUAUGUCGACUAUGGAAACUUUGAAAUUCUUAGUUUGAAAAGACUUUGUCCCAUAAUUCCAAAGUUGUUGGACUUGCCAAUGCAAGCGCUAAAUUGUGUGCUGGCAGGAGUGAAGCCAUCAUUAGGAAUUUGGACUCCAGAAGCUAUUUGUUUCAUGAAAAAGAUCGUACAGAACAAAAUGGUCACUGUGAGAGUGCUGGGCAUGCUGGGGACCAGGGCGCUGGUGGAGCUUGUGGACAAGUCCGUGACUCCUCAUGUCAGCACAUCUAAUGCGCUUGUAGACUCAGGCUUUGCUGUGGAGGAAAAGGAGGUAGUGGCAGAUAAAGCCGGCAGCCUGCACACAGACAGCGUUCCCUUGGCUGUAGAAAGAGCAGCCGAGCCCCUGGAGUGGGCAUGGGUUGAGUUCGCUGUUGACGAAAUGGUAGACGUCAUGGUCUGCGUGAUGUACAAUCCUGGGGAGUUUUAUUGUCACUUUCUUAAAGACGAUGCUGUAAAGAAGCUGGAUGAUUUGAAUAAAUCCUUAGCAGAAUAUUGUGCACAGAAGCUGCCAAAUGGUUUUAAGGCAGAGAUCGGGAGGCCUUGCUGUGCCUUUUUUGCAGGUGACGGCAACUGGUACCGGGCUCUAGUCAGGGAGAUCUUACCAAGUGGCAAUGUUAGAGUGCACUUCGUGGACUACGGGAAUGUUGAGGAAGUCACCACAGACCAGCUCCAGGUGCUGUCGCCACAGUUCUUACUACUUCCGUUUCAAGGGAUGCAGUGCUGGCUAGCAGAUAUACAGCCCAAAAACAAGCACUGGACAAAAGAAGCCACAGCAAGAUUUCAAGCAUGUGUUGCGGGGCUCAAACUCCAAGCCAGAGUUGUGGAAAUCACUGAAAAGGGGGUGGGAGUUGAACUCACUGAUCUUUCCACUCCCUAUCCCAGAAUAAUUAGUGAUGUUCUCAUCACAGAACAGUUGGUGUUGAGAUGUUCUUCACCACAGAAGAACACAGCCAUUGGCAGAGCUGCUGGCAGACACAGCCAGAUGGACAGCCAGGGGCUGCAAGCCAUCCCUUCAGCAGACCAGUGGAAGACGAUAGAACUGCCAGUUAACAAGACUGUACAAGCAAAUGUGCUAGAAGUCAUAAACCCAAACUUGUUUUAUGCCAUCCCCAGUGAAAUGCCAGAAAAUCAAGAAAAGCUGUGCGUGUUAACGGCCGAAUUGCUAGAACACUGUAAUGCUCAGAAAGGCCAGCCAUCCUACAGACCACGGACAGGAGAAGCAUGCUGUGCCAAAUAUACAAGUGAUGACUUCUGGUACCGGGCCGUUGUUCUGGAAACGUCAGACUCAGACGUGAGAGUGCUGUACGCUGACUACGGAAACAUCGAAAUGCUGCCUCUUUCCCGGGUGCAGCCAGUCUCCGCCAGGCACCUAGAGCUUCCCUUCCACAUCAUCAGAUGCUCACUCGAGGGGCUGGUGGAACUGAACGGAAGCUGCUCGCAGUUAGUGACACAGCUGCUGAGAAAUGCCAUGCUGAACCAGAGCGUGAUCCUUUCUGUCAAAGGGAUCUCGAAGAAUGUCCACACAGUGUCGGUUGAAAAGUGUUCUGAGAACGGAAUGAUCAACAUAGCUGAGCAGCUGCUGAUGUGUGGCCUGGUGGAAAACCUCUCUUCUAAGAGGAAAACUUCAUCAAGUAAAGAAACACCACACAGUGCGGACUGCUGCUGCACAGAGUUACAGAAGCAGAUUGAAAAACACGAACAGAUUCUUCUCUUCCUCCUCAACAACCCAACCAACCAAAAUAAAUUUAUAGAGAUGAAAAAGCUGCUGAAAAGCUGAAAGCGGUAUCUCAGAAAUAAGCGCUUGGGAGGAAGGCAACAACCAAGGCGAGGCUUGGGAAAGAACUGGAUCUGUGCUCUGCUUGCUGGGACUCCUUGUUCCUUUUCCUUAGCGACCUUGCUCUCUCCACCUGGACUUGCUUAACUUUGUUCUGUUGGUUUGCUUGCCCACCCCCAGUUCUUCACAGGAAAUACAUUAAUCUUACAUAGGAGAUUUGUGUACUAGCCAGGCAUGAUGGUGCAUACCUGUAAUCCCAGCCAUGAGGAGACUGAGGCAAGAAGACCUCAAGUUCAAGGCUAGUGUGUACCUCAUAGUUAGAUGCUUUCUGAUACAAAGAGCCCCAAACAGCAUCAAGACUCAGAAUUUAGGAGAAGGGUAGGAAGGGGGAUGCAAGGUGCCUUCUACUAAGAGUCUCUGUCUCUCCGUUUCUCUCUCUCUCUCUCUCUCUCUCUCUCUCUCUCUCUCUCUCUCUCUGUGAGUGUGUGUGUGUAUUUGCUUCGCUGAGUAUGGAAGCCAGAGCCUCGCAUGUCUAGGCAAGCGCUCUCACUCUCACACAGUCAGCUCCGGCAUCUCUCUCUACUUGACAGUGUUGAAGAAAAUAAAGCUGGUGGUGGCGCCGGGAGGGUCUAGUUGAUAGAUAGGUGGGCUUUAGCCUUGUCUGUACAUUUCAUACAUUUUUUUUUUAUUUUGGUUUUUCGAGAAAGGGUUUCUCUGUGUAGUCCUCCCUUUGUAGACCCGUCUGGGCUCAGGUUCGCAGAGCUCUGCCUGCCUCUGCCUCCUCAAGUGCUGGGAUCACGGCCUGUGCCACCGGGCCUGCCUGCCAGACAUUUGUUGAUGAAGUGCUCCUGAUGUCUGCCACCUUCCCCAGUGCUGUUUGGUUCCUUUGCUUCUGGGCUGCGUGCCCUCCCCUGCGGUGGCUCCAGGAGCACACACUGCUUCACUGUCUGCACUGGGAUCAUAGAGUGUGUCAGGAGCUCCCGCAAGCACUAGGUGCCCCUCCACAUGCCCUUCUGGGGUUGUCUGCCUAGUCUGUGGCCAUCCAGACUUGUUCGCUAGAAAUAAUUUCUAUUUUCUCACGCACAAAUUCAGUUAUCAAUUUAAAAACUGAAAGCAUGUUUAUUUUGUCACUGCACGUGGUCGCAGAUUGCCCUAAACUCAGCCAUGUGCAGACUCGUGAGGCAGCUGCCUUCCUGGCAGCCCAGAUUCUGUUGUGAUAGUCCCAGGACUGUGGCCCCCUGAGACGAUACCGCCAACUCAAGUAAAACACUGAUGUCGCUGGGAUUUUGUUCAAUGUUUUCCUUUUGUAUUUUGCUGGCGAUGGGUGUCAGCUCUUCUGUUAGGCAGACUUCCUCUCUGUAGAAGGUCGCUUGAAUGUUGAAGUGCCUAUGCUUCCAUAACAAGUUUGUUCUGAUUUGUCCAGUAAAGUCACUUGUCUGCACCGGGCCCUUCUGUGCUUACUGCUGCCCUUUGCCCUCCCUCCUCCUCUCACAUACGCUGCAACCCCAGCGUGAAAAUGCACGUGGCAGCCUGGUGUGGCAAGAUAGCCUCUGCAUCCUGAGAAGCCAGGCAACUCUUGCAGAGUCCGGUGUCCCUAGUCAGAUUUCAUUGCUUGAGAGUCCACGUGGCCCUGGGUACUUGACUAGAAGCUAAUUGCAUUUGAACUUGGAAGGUCGGCUUGUUCACACAGGGGUAACUGUUACCUGGACCAGGCUCACAGGCAGGCAGCGGUGCACGCCCACACCUCCUGCUUGCCUUAGUAAACA